AUGGAAGACGAUUCACUGAGCCGAGCACUCGAAGAUGAGCAACAGCAUGUUGAUCAGCGGCUUGUACCCACUGAAAUUGUUCAAAAACGAGUUCGCACAGACGACACCGAGGAAACCUGCGAUUCGUCGGUCACGGAUGCCCUGCAGGACGAUCGUGUCUGUGCAGAUCGCAUGUAUCCUACGCUGAAUGAAGUGCCAGAAGAGGAGGAGAAUCGUGUGGCAUUGCCACUACCACGGUUGGAGGAGGGUGCCAGAGCCCGCAACGUCACCGGUGGAAAUUCUUUAGAACGCCGCGAGUUUAAGCAACAAGAUGUAGCAGCAGCAGCACCCAAGGAAGACGCUACAGCCAGCAUGGAAAGUGGGAGCCUUGUGAUUGCAUCAGCUGACACUCCAAAAUUUAAAAGUGAACAGCCGAAGAAAGACUCUCAAGAAGAAUUCAAAGAGCCAGAAGGCGUGGGAGGAGCUUCUAAUAUGGAGGACUCCAAUACGGCGGCCAUCCAGAAUGCGCCAGAAGACAUAACAGACACCAACAGCAAACCUGCGCAUUCUACAUGGGAGGGGCGGCUUCAGGCCUACCGUACGGCCUACCCGAAAUCUAGACUAUAG